AGAGGGCAGGGUGACUCUCAGUAGGUCAACCCCUUCUCCCUGCUCCUCUCUAUCGCUCUCUCUCUCUCUUUCUAUCUCACUCUCCAGCUGGAAACUGAAUCUAAGAAACUUUAACUCAAGAAUUUCAUGGACACAAAGCUUGAAGAACAACUUUGCAAUUAAGAAGAACAAUAAAAACAUCCACAGAACUGUAUACUGGAUUUCCUUCCAUUUUCUCCUGUGGGGAAGGUUUUGGGUGUAUUUUUAGACCUGCUGUGAUCCAGCUUAACUACGAUUGCUGUGCGCCUUUUUGCUGCUGGAUUUGAGCGUCUUUUUCUCACAAUCAGCUGGGGCCAAAGAGGAUUUAACGAAGGAGUUACAUGCGUGUUUCUAUGGUAACGGUGCAUUUCCAGAGCCUUUGAAGGACUGAAGGUUAUCACUGUACAUCCAGCAAACUCAAAGCCCAAGAGGACGCAGCAGCAGCAGCAGCAGCAGUUGGCGUCCCUCUUUGUGUGUGAAGAUCAGCUCCAACACUUGGUGGUGACAACAGCUCUCUUCACCAAUGAGCAGUCAAGCCAACGGCGGGGAGGCGGUCCCUCCAGCACGGACCAAUCAGAAGACAAUUUUGGAUGAUGUCAUUCAGACCUUCAGUUCACCAAUGGCCUGGCUGCUGAUUGUGGCACUGAUCCUCACGUGGUCGGGAGUCGCCAUCGUUCUCUUUGAUCUGCUCGACUAUAAUACUCUUACAGCACACGUUUAUAAUGAUGUCUCAACAUCUGUGCCACUCCGACAACAUGGUCUCCCUCCUCCUUCUGCCAUCGCUAAGAGAGGCUUGAGGGCUAGAGGUGGUUUCCGUCCAAUAAAAUCCAGCCCUGCUGGGGUCCCUGCUGAUGUCACAGCUCAGGAGAGCACUGAUUGGUUGGAGAUGAUAUGGACUUUUGCAGCCAGUCUGGUAGCUCCUGAUGAGGAGGAGGAAGGUAUUCACCAGCUAACUGAAACCAUCACAUCUUUCCACUCCGAGGAGCUGUAAAGAAGAGGAGCGUGGAGAAAGGUCAAGAAUGGACAAGUAUGAAGAGCCGAAGAGAGGAAGAGAGAAGAAGAGAGCGUCUGCCUGAAGUGGAGGAGAGGAUGUAAAGAGACAGAAGGAGGAGGAGGAUGUACAGUUUACCACAGUUAUGUUUCUUUCUGUCUGUCUGUUGGAAUUUGAUGAAUAAAAAAUGACAAUUUGAAACCUUGGCUUUGGUUUCCUUUCUGAGUGUAGCCUAAUAGAAACACCAAUACAGUCUUUAUCUGUAUUCUGUAUUCUGCACACUGCUUUCUGGAUUGGCUUUUUGAAAAAGUACUCAUCCUUUAAAUCAACAGUGUGUUAACAUAACAUUGCAAUGUUUCUAUAAGUUCUUCAUUCUUUUUACAAGCUGCAUCCUGCACUACCGUGGAGCCCCGGAACUGAUAAAAAGUAGUAAAAGGUCAUCAGGUGAAAAAUGUCAAAACUGUAACUAAAUACAUCAGUUAAUACUAUUGUUAAUUAGAUCAUUUAAAAAAUAAAUCCUUAUAUUUAUCUUUUUAUUCUUUACCACCAAUCAGUUGAUCAAAUAGAAUAAAGCUUAUUUUAUAAAUUCUUUUUUUUUUAAUCUUUCUCAUUUCAUUUUUACUCCCUCAUUUUCUUCACACAUUUAAAUAUCUAUCCUCUAUUUUCCCCAUGCUCCACUUUACAUUUUCCUCACCUCAUUCCUAAUUUUCGUAAUCGUAAAUUAGUUU